AUGUCUCUAGGAGAUGGGGAGUUCUAUACGUUUAACUGCUGGCUAACCAAGGAUGAGGAGGGGCACGGAUGGAGCAAGUUUUUCACCAAUGUAAGCCCAAGUUUUCAAUCCACCGAGAACUUCUUGAACAGUCUGCAGUCUAUUUCAGGGGGUGAUUCGUGGAUCGCCUUGGCGUUAUCGAAUUGA